UUAUAUAAAUUUUUAAUAUAUUUUCAAUAAAAAAUUGUUAUAUAUAUAUAAAUGUUAAUUAAAUGAAUUAUUCGAAUUCUUCAUUAUAUAAAUGGUUUACAUCUUUUGUAUCAUCUCAAAAUAAUAUUGAAUUAACAUCGUCAUCAGGUAACCAAGAAUCUACGGAAGAGGAACGUAACGUAACAACAAAUACACAACAAAAUCGUUUAAAAAAAGUUUCAUUUUCACAAGAACCACCAAUAUUUGAAAACGGUAUAACAACAUCAAAUUCAGUUAAUAAUUUAAUUAAUAAUAGUGAAGUUAAUUGUAAUAGCAUAAUGAGUAAUUCAGAUAGACCAAGUUUUUUGGUUGGUGAAGAUAUAGAGAGCAACAAUAUACUACAAGAGUUAGCUCAUGAAGCAUCAGAUAAUUUUCCAUCACAUAAUAAUGAUUUUUCAAAAGUAAAUAAUGCCGAUUUAAUGGAAAAACGUAGACGUCUUAGUAAGUGUUUUGUAUUACCAGAGAGUGGUAAUGAUGGAAGCGGAAAUGUUAUUAAUCGAAGUAAUUCAAUUAAUAAUGAAAAUGAUAAUGGAACAAUAACGGCAACACCAACAACAACAAAUAAUACAUACGAAAAUGAUAAAGAAUCAUUUUUAAAACAAAAUGAUUUACAAUUAAAUAAUAUUAAUGAUGUAUUAAAUUUAAAUAGUAAUACAUUUAUUGAUAAUAAUGAUGAUUUACAAAUUCAACAAUUACAACAAUUUCAACAACAACAACAAAUAAAUAAUAAUAAUUACAAUGAUAAUUGUAAUAAUGGUAAUGAAAUUCAACAAUCAACAAUUAUUAUAAAUGGCGGUGUCGAUGAUAUCGAUGGUGAUGAUGAUAAACCAAUUGAAAUGAAAGCGAAAAAAUCAUCAACAACAACAGCUGAAGUUAAUAAUAAAUUAUUAAGAAUACCACAAAAUGAAGGGAGUCUUAAGCCUAGUAUGUCCCGUGGUACGGGACUUGGGCAAGAUCGAUAUCAAGAACGUGAUUUUAUAAUUGCAACACCAGAGGAAUUUGUUAAAAAAUUUGGCGGUACACGUGUUAUUAAUAAAGUUUUAAUUGCAAACAAUGGUAUUGCGGCUGUAAAAUGUAUGAGAUCUAUAAGAAGAUGGUCAUAUGAGAUGUUUAAAAAUGAACGUGCUGUUCGUUUUGUUGUAAUGGUUACGCCGGAAGAUUUAAAUGCAAAUGCAGAAUACAUUAAAAUGGCAGAUCAUUAUGUACCAGUUCCAGGUGGAUCAAAUAAUAAUAAUUAUGCAAAUGUUGAAUUAAUUGUUGAUAUAGCUGUUAGAAAACAAGUUCAGGCUGUUUGGGCUGGUUGGGGUCAUGCAUCUGAAAAUCCUAAAUUACCAGAACUUUUACAUAAAGAAGGUAUUGUUUUCUUGGGACCACCAGAACGUGCUAUGUGGGCACUUGGUGAUAAAGUAGCAUCAUCAAUAGUUGCACAAACUGCUGAAAUUCCAACACUUCCAUGGUCUGGAUCUGAAUUAAAAGCACAGUAUAGUGGUAAAAAAAUAAAAAUUUCAAGUGAACUUUUUGGUCGCGGUUGUGUUACAUCAGUUGAACAAGGUUUAAAUGCAGCAAAUAAAAUUGGUUAUCCGGUAAUGAUAAAAGCAUCUGAAGGUGGUGGUGGUAAAGGUAUCCGUCGUGUAGAUAUGGCUGAUGAAUUUCCUGGUCUUUUUCGUCAAGUACAAGCUGAAGUUCCUGGUUCACCAAUAUUUGUUAUGAAAUUGGCACGUGGUGCUAGGCAUUUAGAAGUACAGCUUUUAGCUGAUCAAUAUGGGAAUGCAAUUAGUUUAUUUGGUCGUGAUUGUUCAAUACAACGUCGUCAUCAAAAAAUUAUUGAAGAGGCACCAGCUAUUGUUGCACAACCAGAAGUUUUUGAAGAUAUGGAAAAGGCUGCAGUUCGUUUAGCUAAAAUGGUUGGUUAUGUAAGUGCUGGCACUGUUGAAUAUUUAUAUGAUUCGGAAGGAAAGUAUUUCUUCUUGGAAUUAAAUCCACGUUUACAAGUGGAGCAUCCUUGUACAGAAAUGGUUGCUGAUGUUAAUUUACCAGCAUGUCAGUUACAAAUUGGUAUGGGUAUUCCUUUAUAUCGAAUAAAAGAUAUUAGAUUAUUAUAUGGAGAAUCUCCUUGGGGUUCAUCAGUAAUUGAUUUUGAAAAUCCACCUAAUAAACCAAGACCAUGGGGUCAUGUAAUUGCAGCACGUAUUACAUCUGAAAAUCCUGAUGAAGGUUUUAAACCUAGUUCUGGAACAGUGCAGGAAUUAAACUUCCGUUCAAGUAAGAAUGUAUGGGGGUAUUUUAGCGUUGCUGCAUCUGGUGGCUUACAUGAAUUCGCUGAUUCACAAUUUGGUCAUUGUUUCUCUUGGGGCGAAAAUCGUCAACAGGCUCGUGAAAAUUUGGUUAUUGCUUUAAAAGAAUUAUCAAUUCGUGGUGACUUUAGGACUACUGUUGAAUAUUUGAUUACUUUGUUGGAAACUAACCGAUUUUUAGAAAAUAGUAUUGAUACAGCUUGGUUGGACGCAUUGAUUGCUGAACGAGUUCAAUCAGAAAAACCCGAUAUUUUAUUGGGUGUUGUUUGUGGGGCACUUCAUAUUGCAGAUCGUCAAAUUUCAGAUGCAUUCACAAGUUUUCAAACAUCUAUGGAAAAAGGCCAAAUUCAAGCUGCAAAUACUUUAACUAAUGUCAUUGAUGUGGAACUCAUUAACAAUGGAAUAAGAUACAAAGUACAAGCGGCAAAAAGUGGACCAAACACAUACUUUUUAGUUAUGAAUAAUUCAUUUAAAGAACUUGAGGUUCAUCGACUUUCCGAUGGUGGCAUGCUUUUGUCAAUGGAAGGAGCAAGUUAUACAACUUAUAUGAAAGAAGAGGUCGAUCGUUAUCGUAUUGUUAUUGGAAAUCAAACAUGCGUAUUUGAAAAGGAAAAUGAUCCAUCGCUUCUUUUAAGUCCAUCAGCUGGAAAAUUAAUAAAUUUACUAGUUGAAGAUGGAGCCCAUGUUAACAAAGGUCAACCUUAUGCCGAAAUUGAAGUCAUGAAAAUGGUAAUGACACUAACAUCGCAAGAGGCAGGUACCGUUUCAUUCGUAAGACGUCCAGGUGCAGUUCUGGAUCCUGGCGCACUUCUUGGUCAUUUAGAGCUUGAUGAUCCUUCAUUAGUAACAAAGGCGCAACCCUAUAAAAAGCCGUUCCCACCUAGCGAAAAUCCUCCAAUUCCGGAAAAAUUGAAUCGAGUUCACAAUUCGUAUAAAACCAUAUUAGAGAAUACUCUUGGUGGUUAUUGCUUACCAGAUCCAUACAACGCACCAAGAUUACGCGAAAUCAUCGAAAAAUUUAUGCAAAGUUUACGUGAUCCAUCCCUACCUUUAUUAGAACUUCAGGAAAUAAUUGCUUCAAUAUCCGGUAGAAUACCUUUAUCUGUUGAAAAGAAAAUUAGAAAAUUAAUGACACUUUACGAAAGGAAUAUAACAAGUGUUUUGGCGCAAUUUCCAUCCCAACAAAUAGCUAGUGUAAUUGAUUCACAUGCAGCUACUCUACAAAAACGGGCUGACCGUGACGUAUUCUUCUUAACAACUCAGAGUAUUGUACAGUUAGUUCAACGAUAUCGCAAUGGUAUAAGAGGUCGCAUGAAGGCUGCAGUACACGAACUUUUAAGACAAUACUAUGAUGUUGAAUCACAAUUCCAACAUGGUCAUUACGACAAGUGCGUUGCUGCUAUUCGAGAAAAACAUAAAGAUGAUAUGAAAAACGUAGUAAAUACAAUUUUUUCACAUAGUCAAGUUUCCAAAAAAAAUUUGUUAGUCACGUUGCUAAUAGACCAUUUAUGGGCAAAUGAACCGGGUUUAACUGACGAGCUUGCAGCUACAUUGAGUGAACUUACUUCUUUGAAUAGGGCCGAACAUUCAAGAGUAGCACUAAGAGCUCGGCAAGUUUUAAUUGCAGCUCACCAACCGGCUUACGAACUGAGACAUAAUCAAAUGGAGUCCAUCUUCUUGUCUGCUGUGGAUAUGUACGGCCAUGAUUUUCAUCCUGAAAAUCUACAGCGAUUAAUUCUUUCUGAAACAUCGAUAUUUGAUAUAUUGCACGAUUUCUUUUAUCACAGUAAUCGAGCUGUAUGUAAUGCAGCGCUUGAAGUUUAUGUGAGACGUGCUUACACAUCAUAUGAAUUAACUUGCUUACAACAUUUGGAAUUGUCAGGUGAAGUGCCUUUAGUUCAUUUCCAAUUCGUUUUGCCUACCGCUCACCCAAACAGACUGUUCUUUAAACUACCUCAGGAUGGAGCUGAAGAAACUAUUGUUACAAGUAGCUUUAUGCGUACUGGUUGCAUGGCGGCAUUUGAAUCUUUUGAUCAUUUUGAACAAUACUCUGAUGAAAUUUUGGAUUUAUUAGAAGAUUUUGCGUCUCCAGCUUUUGUUAACACUAAAGUUCUUGAAGCAGUUGAAGCAGCUGAUUCAAUGUCAGAUGGAAGACUCAGCACUUCAAUCAAUGUUUCACUAUCUGAUCCAGUUUCUCGGGCAAACGCAGCAGAAGAAGCAAAAUCAACUGAACCAAUUCAUAUAUUAAGCGUAGCUGUUAGGGACACUGGAGAAAUGGACGAUUUACAAAUGGCUAAUAAAUUUGGCGCUUUCUGCUUACAACAUAGGGAAGAAUUAGCUAGCAGACGUGUUCGCAGAAUAACCUUUGCAGCUUUAAAAAAACGGCAAUUCCCCAAAUUUUUCACAUUUCGCGCAAGAGAUAAUUACACUGAAGAUCGUAUCUAUCGCCAUUUAGAGCCUGCUUGCGCAUUCCAGUUAGAACUUAAUAGAAUGCGAACAUAUAAUUUAGAGGCUUUACCCACAGCUAAUCAAAAGAUGCAUUUGUAUUUAGGCAAAGCUAAAGUAGCCAAAGGACAAGAAGUAACUGAUUACAGAUUUUUCAUACGGUCGAUCAUUCGGCAUUCAGAUUUAAUUACAAAAGAAGCCUCGUUUGAAUACUUACAAAAUGAAGGAGAACGUGUCCUUUUAGAAGCAAUGGAUGAAUUGGAAGUCGCUUUUUCGCACCCAGAAGCAAAGCGAACUGAUUGCAAUCACAUAUUUUUGAACUUUGUUCCCACCGUUAUAAUGGAUCCAGCAAAAAUUGAAGAAUCCGUUACGAAGAUGGUUAUGAGAUACGGUCCCAGAUUAUGGAAGUUGCGUGUCCUUCAAGCCGAGUUAAAGAUGUUAAUAAGACAAUCACCCCAAUCUCCCACACAAGCAAUCCGUUUAUGUAUAGCCAAUGAUUCGGGUUAUUUUUUAGAUAUUGCAAUGUAUACUGAAGUAACAGAUAAAGAAAGCGGAGUAAUUAAGUUUAUGGCAUAUGGCGAAAAACAUGGACCACUUCAUAACCAUCCAAUUUCCACACCAUAUGUUACAAAAGAUUAUUUGCAACAAAAAAGAUUCCAAGCCCAAUCAAAUGGUACCACAUACGUUUAUGAUAUUCCUGAUAUGUUUAGGCAAAUGACAGAGCGUCAUUGGAAAGAAUUUUCAAAAGCAAGACCGUCUGUUGAUAUUAGAAUACCAGAAAAAAUUUUAUUAGAAUGUGUAGAACUUGUUCUAGAUGGAGACACCUUACAAGAAAUGCAACGUUUGCCUGGCGAAAACAAUAUUGGUAUGGUGGCUUGGAGAAUCAUUUUAUCAACUCCAGAAUAUCCGAAUGGUAGAGAAAUUAUUGUUAUUGCGAAUGACUUAACUUUCUUCAUUGGCUCGUUCGGUAUUCAAGAAGACAUUUUAUUUAGUAAAGCUUCAGAAUUAGCUAGAGAACGUAAAGUACCCAGAAUAUACAUAUCAGCUAAUAGUGGGGCUCGCAUGGGUCUUGCCGAAGAAUUAAAAUCUAUGUUUAAAGUUGCAUGGGAAGAUCCCGAGGAACCAGAUAAGGGCUUUAAAUAUCUUUAUUUGACAGCAGAAGACUAUAGUAAUGUCGCUCAUUUGAAUUCUGUUAGAACUAUUCUUAUAGAAGACGAAGGUGAAGAGCGUUAUAAAAUCACUGAUAUUAUUGGAAAAGAUGAUGGAUUAGGUGUUGAAAACUUAAGGUAUGCCGGCUUAAUUGCUGGAGAAACUUCCAGAGCGUAUGAUGAAGUGGUAACAAUUUCUAUGGUAUCGUGUCGUACUAUUGGUAUCGGAUCAUAUUUGGUGCGUUUAGGUCAGAGAGUAAUUCAAAUUGAUAAUUCUCAUAUAAUUUUAACCGGUUAUGCAGCUUUAAAUAAGUUAUUGGGACGAAAAGUUUAUGCAUCAAAUAACCAAUUAGGAGGCGUUCAAAUCAUGUACAAUAAUGGUGUUUCUCAUAAGACUGAAGCUGCAGAUUUGGACGGUGUUUAUACAAUUUUGCAGUGGUUAUCAUACAUUCCAAGUUAUGGCGGCUGUGAUCUCCCAAUAGUUAUACCAAAUGAUCCAAUAAAUCGCCCGAUUGGCUUUAUUCCAACAAAAUCUCCAUAUGAUCCAAGGUGGAUGUUAGCGGGUCGUCCUAAUCCAGUUAAUUCCGGUGAAUGGGAAAGUGGAUUUUUCGAUCGGGGCAGUUGGAAUGAAAUUAUGGAGCCUUGGGCUCAAACUGUAGUUACUGGUAGAGCUAGACUUGGAGGCAUUCCUGUAGGUGUUAUCGCAGUAGAAACUCGCACAGUUGAAGUAACAAUGCCUGCCGAUCCAGCUAAUCUAGAUUCUGAAGCUAAAACAUUACAACAAGCUGGUCAAGUAUGGUAUCCCGAUUCAUCAUACAAAACCGCCCAAGCAAUCAAAGACUUUGACCGAGAAGGGUUGCCCUUAGUUGUGUUUGCUAAUUGGAGAGGUUUUUCUGGUGGACAAAAAGAUAUGUAUGAACAAAUAGUUAAAUUUGGGGCAUACAUUGUUGAUGGUUUAAGAGAAUAUAAGCAGCCCAUAAUUAUCUACUUACCACCAAAUGCAGAAUUGAGAGGUGGUGCUUGGGCUGUAUUGGAUCCUCUAAUAAAUCCGCGGUAUAUCGAGACAUGCGCAGAUCCAGAAGCAAGAGCCGGUGUUUUAGAACCAGAGGGAACAGUCGAAAUCAAAUAUAAAGAAAAAGAUUUAGUUAAAACAAUCAAUAGGCUGGAUCCGGUAGUUGUUAGUUUAAGAAAAGACCUGGAAGCAGCUGGCACCGAUAAAAUAAAAUGUACUGAAAUUGAAGAAAAAAUAAAAAGCAGAACAAAUUCUCUUCUUCAUGUUUACCAUACUGUAGCUGUUCAUUUUGCUGAUUUACAUGACACACCCGAAAGAAUGCUUGAAAAAAGUUGUAUUAGUGAAAUAGUUCCAUGGCGAACUUCGAGAGAAUCUUUAUAUUGGAGAUUGAGAAGAAAUAUUCUUGAAGAUUCUUAUAUUAAAAAAUUGUUAAAAGCACAAAAUAAUUUAUCUGUUGGUCAAGCUAAAUCAAUGUUAAGAAGAUGGUUUGUCGAAGAUAAAGGAACCGAGAAUGCCUAUUUAUGGGAUAAAAAUAAUGAAAUGGUUACAUGGUAUGUUGAACAAAAUGGAUCCGAUUCUACUAUCUCAGCUAAUAUUAAUGCAGUUAAACAAGAUGCCGUCAUAUCUCAAAUUCACAACAUGUUACAAGAAUGUCCUGAAGUAGCUUUAGAUGCAGUGGUAGGACUUUGUCAAUCACUCUCACCAGUAAAUCGUAGUGUUGUCGUACAAACUUUAUCUAGACUAGAACUUGAAAAAAAUGAAUCAAAUAUUCAGGGAUGAUUAAAAUGGAAUCAUUUUUAAAAUAAUUUAGUUCUUUUUUUAUUUUUUUUUUUUUUAUAAAUACACUUAUAAAAUUAGCAAGGAAUAAUUUAAAAACAUUUCUACAAGUUUAAGACUUUAUUAAUUUGCUAUGGUACAGAACAAAACGUAAAUUAGUUAUUUUUUAAGAAGUUUCUAACCGUUAAAAGAAGAGUAUUUGUUUUUGAAAAUACAAAAAAAAAUUGAAAAAAAAAAAUAUUAUGUCGAACUUUUUAAAAAAGUUAUAAAAAUAAUAAAAUACAAAAAUAUUUAAAUAAUUUCAUUGUAAGAAUUAUGGAAAAAUCAAAAAAAUCACUGCUGUUAUUAUUUUUAAUAAAAUAUGUAUAUAUUUAUAUAUAUAUUUAUGUUUUAGAUAAUUAAACACAUAAUAAAAAUAUGUUUAAAAUAAAACCUGAAUUUUAGUUAAUUUUAGAAAGUUUCCUGUUUAAUAAUUAUUUAAAAAUUUAAUAAGUAACAAAGAGUUUUUUCAUAUGAGAAAAGGGAAAAUUGAAAAAUUUUACUCCAAAUUAAUAUUAUCUUAAAUUAACAAAAUAAUUUUUGAAUUCAACAAAGUAAUUUGCCCUUAAACUGAUUCUAGACUUAAUUGCAUGGUUAUAAAGUAGUUGAAGUAAUAAUUCUAAGCUUGACU